AUGGAUUGGCAACCCCAAGAUGAGCCAUUGAGGCAGUUAGCCUCCUGUCUCAAAGACUCGCUCAAUGGCCAAGAUCAGUCCAUCCGCAAACAGGCUGAAGAGAUGCUCUCGCAAGCAACUUCUUCUCCCGACUAUGUCAACUACAUCACCUAUCUCUUUUCCACCCCGCAGGUACCUGCCGCCGUGGGCAUGGAUGUUGGCACUUACGCCAUGGUGCGCUUCGCCGCCGCCAUGAACAUGAAGACCAAACUCCUCAUGGCCUUCCGUACCGUUCCUCCCCAGAGCUUGAACUUCAUUCGUUCCGCCGCCCUACUCGCCCUGCAGGACGCCGACCGCCAAGUACAACGAGGUGCUGGUAGCAUCAUCACCGAGGUGGUUCAACAGGGUGGUCUCCUGGCCUGGCCUGAGGUCCUCCAUGAGCUGAUCGCCCUGGUUGGAAAUGCCAGUGGCGACGUUUCACUACCCUCGCAGGAAGCCGCAAUGGCAGCUCUGUUUAAAGUCUGCGAGGACAACCGCAAGAUUUUGGACCGCGAAUAUCACGGCCAGCGGCCUCUCGACGUCAUCAUUCCCAAGUUGCUGGAGUUCACCUCUCGUCCGAGCGCGCGCGUGCGAUCCCUCGCCCUGAACAGUAUCCAUGUCUUCCUCCCGCACCAGCCCCAAGCCCUCAUGGGUUCCUUGGACCUUUUCCUGUCGCAGCUGUUCAAUCUCUCCGGCGACCAGGAUCCCGAAGUGCGGAAGAUGGUCUGCCAGUCAUUCUCUCAAUUGGUGGAGUUUGCGCCAGAGAAGCUGGUCCCGCAUAUGGAGGGGCUGGUCAACUACAUCCUGAUUCAGCAACAGAACCAAGAGGAUCCCGAACUGUCCCUUGACGCUGCGGAGUUCUGGAUCGUUGCUGGCGAGCAGCAGCGACUCCAACAGCCGCUUGCGCCUUUCAUGCCGAAAAUCAUUCCGGUUCUGCUGCAGAACAUGAUCUAUGAAGAAGACGAUGUGAUUCGCCUGAUGCAGGAAAAUGAUGACGCCGAGGCCGAGGACCGUGCCGAGGAUUUGAAGCCUCAGUUUGCUAAGGCCAAGAGCGAUAAAUUGAAUCCCGCAAAGCAAGGUCAGCAAGCUAAUGGUGCGGCCCCUCAGCAGGAGGAGGAUGAAGACGACCUCAGCGAGGGAGAGAUUGAAGACUCUGAAUUUGGUGAUGACCCCGAGGACGAGUGGACCCUGCGGAAGUGCUCCGCUGCCGCGCUCGACGUUUUUUCCAAUGUGUACCAUGACCCUAUCUUUGAGAUCAUUCUACCUUAUUUGAAGGAGACCCUGCGCCAUUCCCAGUGGCCUAACCGCGAGGCUGCAGUUCUCACCCUUGGUGCCGUCGCUGAUGGCUGCAUGGAUGCUGUUACACCCCACCUGCCUGAACUGGUGCCCUACCUGAUCUCUUUGCUUACGGACGCCCAGCCCGUCGUGCGUCAGAUUACUUGUUGGUGCCUUGGACGUUACUCUGAAUGGGCUUCGCACCUGAGCGACCAUAGCCAAAGGGCGCAGUUUUUCGAGCCGAUGAUGGAAGGUAUCCUCCACCGCAUGCUUGAUAACAACAAGAAGGUGCAGGAGGCUGCCGCAUCGGCGUUUGCGAGCCUGGAAGAGAAGUCAGAAGAUGGCCUGAUCCCAUACUGCGAACCUAUUCUCCGCCAAUUUGUCCAAUGCUUCGCCAAAUACAAGGACCGCAACAUGUACAUCCUCUAUGACUGCGUACAGACCCUUGCAGACUGUGUCGUGUCUGAGCUUGCCCGGCCUCAUCUUGUCGAAAUUCUCAUGCCUGCCCUGAUCGGGCGAUACAACCAGAUAACUGAUCAAUCGCGAGAGCUGUUCCCGUUACUGGAAUGUCUUGGCUACGUCGCCAAUGCUUAUGGAGACGCAUUCUCGCCAUUUGCUGCUCCUCUCUUCCAGCGUUGCUCCAAGAUCAUCUAUCAAAACCUCGAGGAGUCUAUCGCAUCAGUAAACAAUGAAACUGUCGACGAGCCCGACAAAGACUUUCUGGUUACUAGCCUGGAUCUUCUGAGUGGUAUCAUCCAAGCUAUUGAUCCGCAAAAGAGCAGCGAGCUUGUGGCCCACUCGCAACCGCAAUUCUUUGACCUGCUCUGCUACUGUAUGCAAGACCCGAACUAUGAGGUCCGUCAAUCCUCAUACGCCUUGUUGGGUGACUGCGCCAUAAAUAUCUUUUCUCACCUCGAGCCCUUCAUCCCGACCAUUAUGCCUAUCCUUAUCAAGCAGCUCGACCUGGAUCAAAUUCCUGACGAUGACCGCCACACAGGUUUCAGCGUGCUGAACAACGCUUGUUGGUCGGCUGGUGAAAUCGCCGUCAACGAGAAGAAAGUGUAUCACGGACUCUUGGCAAUCAUCGACAACGAGGAGAUCAUUGACUCCGUUAAUGAGAACGCAGCCAUGGCUCUUGGCCGUCUUGGUCUCUGCUGCGCCGACAACAUGGCGCCACAUCUAGGCGAGUACGCCAAUUCUUUCCUGAAGUCGAUGAGCAAGAUUGAAUUCACUCCUGAGAAAGCUUCUGCCUUCCUGGGCUUCAACACCGUGGUCAUGAAGAAUCCUCAGGCGAUGGAGUCUAGUCUGGUCGACUACUUCCAGGCCAUCGCCUCGUUCCCGAGCAAGUUGCUGUCGCUGGAGGAACACCGGGAUAUUCAGAGCUCCUUCCAGCAGGUUCUGCAGGGAUAUAAAAACAUGAUACCCAACUUCGAUUCUUUCCUAUCGCAACUUCCUCCGCCCGUGUCUCAAAAACUGCGCACCGUUUACCAGGUUUAA